AUGCUGUGGUUCUCGUUUGAAUCGUUUGCUAUCACCAACGCCGGCCACGGCUCAGCGACCAUCAUCCAACAGCUGCGCAACAUCAUCACUCAGGUUGAGGAGAACAUCAGCAAGUUCGCCAGGAAAGGUUUGACGCCAUCACAGAUUGGUGUCAUUCUUCGCGACUCUCACGGGAUUGCCCAAGUGAAGAGCAUGACGGGGAGCAAGAUUUUGCGUAUCCUCAAGGCUCACGAUUAUAGCAAUAUCUGAAUAGGCAUCUGAGUACUCCAAGAGCC